AUGGGCAAGCGAGCUCUCAGCCCGCUUGCAGACGUUACGGAGGGGCAAGCAACCUCAUUAGGACAGAUGAUCACUGCGGGCGCAUCAAGCAACGGCUCAUCGCGGCGGAGUUCAUUCGUUCAACUGAACAACGGCGCCUCCUCUUCUAGCUCCACGACGCAGUUCCUCCAGCAUUCACGUCGUGGAUCCUUCGUCUCCCGAACGGAAUCGCCAACUCCUGCGCCCGUUCAGUCGAACCUGUCUGCGCCUUUUCACCCGGGUAUCUACCGCCCACCGCAUCUUCGGCAUCGCAAUAGCGGUCACGGGCUGAAAUCGCCUAUUGCACACUACGACCGAGUGCGCACACCUUCUUUGCGCGGACAGACGCGUCCACGAGAGCCCUCUAUCGCCUCUACGCAUCGCUCAUCGAUCAGCGGAAGUCGAGGGCCCAGCACGGUGCCCAUCGCCGAGGACGAGGACGAUGACGUCGGCAACUCUCCUCACGCUGCUUCUACUGCCGCCCCUGGGGUGCAUCGGCCGCCAUCGCGUCAGGGUAGUGAAAAGCUCUCGACCUCAACGUGGUCGCCCACAGGGCCAUCCGCGCUGACGGCCGAGGCCGUCGCCAGGCACCUCAACUCGCAGAUGCCGUCAUCCACCAUCCCCCCGCUCAACCGGACGAUGACUCUCAGCUCGCUGGCCAGCUCGCGCUAUGCGGACGAGCUCGAGGCACAGAUCAAUUCUGCGGCGCAGCAAGCGCUCUACCCGAAUGCUGGCACAGCCGACUGGGGUGCGCGGCCGUCGUUCUAUAAGACGUUCUCUGUUGGGAAUAGCAACAGCGACAAAGACGACAUUGAGCUCUCGGCGGAGGACAUGAUGCGAUCAAGCUUAACGGAUUCUUAUAUUAUGAGCCGGAGGAACAGCACGGCUAGCGGAUAUGGAGGAGGCGAAGGUGUCGUGGAUAUCUUCGAAAUUGGAGAUCGCUUGGGUCCCGGUAUGAAUCAUGACGGACACAUUAUCACCAUUGCGCAGACAUCCUCCGGGUUUGAUGAGCAGGAAGGGGACCUGACGGGAAGCAAGUUGGAGGUGGUCGGCAAGCUAGGGGAAGGAAGCUAUGCUUGCGUUUACCUGGUCAAGGAGGUGUUCGACGAUGAUCAGGACGGAAGCCAGCGCGGGCGGGCAAGUAGCUUGCUGAUCGCAGACGCACUGGUCGAUGCCUCUGCCACUGCCCCGGCGUCAGACGACAACGAGGGUGCUUCUUCAGCUCCCCUCAGUUCUACGCCUAUCGCUGCUCCCAUCUCGCGACUGCCAUCAUUUCACUCGGCUGGCGGCGGAGGUGGCGAGACCGGUGAUGUGACGCUCACCGAGGGGGUAUUCGGCUCGACGCUCAAGGCGGACGAGAGUCCCUUGGCAUCGCGACGAGCGCAGGAGCAGACCGAGGCGAGACGCGGCAGGGAGUUCGCCCUCAAGUGUCUCUGCAAGCGCGAUCUGUCCCCCGAGAUGCUCGAGGUGCAGCGACUGGAGUCAACGGUCCACCAAUCCAUCCCUGCCCAUCCGAAUAUUGUCACUCUCUACCGAACGUACGAGACGCCAGACUGGCUGUUCCUUGUCCUCGAGUACUGCCCCGGCCAAGACCUCUUUUUCUGGCUCGAACAGGCUCAGGACGAGAUGCACACGAGCAGCAGCAGCAGCAGCAACAGUAGCGUCGCGAGCUUCUCCGUGACUGACUUAGAACCAGAGCCCAACACAGCAACGGUGACGGACUCGACGCCGCCGGAUCCGUCUCUGCUCGCAACAACCGCAGGCGUUUCCAUCCUCUCUCGACGCAGGCUUCGGCUCAUCAGCCGCAUGUUCCAGCAAAUGUGCAGCGCUGUGCAGUUCUGCCAUGACCGCGGUAUCAGCCAUCGUGAUCUCAAGCCGGAGAACUUCAUCGUCGAGGACAUGCGCUGGGGCAGUCCGCUGCGCGAUGCGAACAAUAACUUGUCUUCGUCCGUCUCGCUCAAUCACAGCAUUCGUAACAGCGAUGGCAAAGUCAAGGUAAAGCUCACUGACUUUGGCCUGGCAACGGCAGAGGAGCGGUGUGAUGACUUUGAAUGUGGCAGCAAGCCCUACAUGUCGUACGAAUGUCGCAACGAUGUCGAGGCGACAUACGAUCCCAAGAUGGCGGAUGUUUGGUCCCUCGGGAUUGUCCUGCUCAACAUGCUCUUCCACCGCAACCCCUUCAGGGAACCAGCGGUAGAUCGAUGCCCUUCAUUUGCAGCUUUUCGAGAAGAGCCAGUUCGCUUCCUGCGGGAAGCAUUCGACGGGCUCACCGAACGGGCGGCUACCUUCCUGGUACAGCGCAUCUUUUGCGACGUGCAGAUAUCACAACGGGCCACAGCCGCCGAGUUCGGUGCAUGGGCUGCUGACCUCAAUGAGCACAUGGGCUUGGUGGAUAGCACUUGCUCCUCGACACCCUCGCGUGGGGCAUCCAUGGGCAUCACCAACCAAUUGCACCACUCGCGAUCUCAUUCUUCUCUGCUUUCGGCUUCUUCGAGCAUGAUAAUGGUCCAUUCCUUGGUCUCGCCACCGCUCGAGCCAAACAGCGCUGAACCAGGCUGGACGCUGCCUGCGAAAUUGGACGAGCCGCAUGACUCGUCGGCGGAGGAUGAGGAGAUCGUCGAGGUUCUGAUUGGCACUCAAGAUGGUGGGCCACUCAACCCUGGCGGCACAGGCUCAAGCUCUGUUAAGUCGUCGCCUAUCGAGUCGCAUUUCCCUGGUCGCGGGCGUUCGGACACGCGAGAUGAUGCAGAGUCAUCCGAUGAUGAGCACGAGCACGAGCAAGAUCACGGUUUGAACAAACCUGCAUCGCAAGGCCGACGGCGCAAGCGUGGAGCUCGAAAGGGACGGUCCACAAGCAAACAGCAGACGCCCUCCAUCCAAGGUUCGCCACGAGUGGAAGCUGUGAGGAGCGCACCCUCCCUUGAGCAACUCUCUGACAAAGUUCGCGAGUACAAGCGAGAACCGAACGGUCUGAGCCACGAUGACUUGCUCAUGGACCUCGCGGAGGCUUCCCAGAAUCUUGCGCGUGAGAUCAGCAAGGCAACACAGGAGAAACGUGCCGUCGACGUGAAAGUUGCAAGUCUGCCGCAGCGACCGCAGAUGCGACUGGGUCAGGGGCCAAGUGCAGAGCCGUUGCUUCACCAGGGAAGGGGCUCGGCAGAUUACGAGCUGGCUCCUGCCCGGUCGCCAAGGCAUCCUCCAUUGCAGGACUAUGGCCGCACACAUGCGACAUCAUGGCGGGACCUCAAUGAGUCGACCGUCACAAUUUCUUCAUUGGCAAGCGUGUCCACGAUGAACAGUGUGUUAUCUGAUGACGCCAGCAUAUACUCGACUGCAUCUGCACCCGCAGCGUUCGCUCGCCGAUCGUACGAUUCGUUCCGCCAGCAACGGCAGCAGCGUGGCCUCUUUGGUAAGAGCAGCUCCGGCCUGCAGACAAUUAAUGAAAGGGCAAAGAAGGAGCUUGAUGCAAGCUAUCUGGCGGAGAUCUUUGGAGGCUCUCGAGAUGGACCCUCUCGCUCGCAUCAUCACAAUCAACACCGCCGACGCGAGUUGCGCGAAGAGCACUCAUAUCACGGUCGCGAGCGCGACUAUUCGAUGGAUCCCUAUCGCGGGUCUUCGAAGCGAGAUACCCAUCGACACGAAUCUCGCACCCGCGGCAGCAGCUCCCAGGCGUCAGACUCCCCCUCGUCCUCCAAGUAUCUCACACCGCAGAACGACCAACGCUCGAAAACAUCGACUUCAAAUAGUUCCUCCUUCAGCAGCUCCUCGGCGUCGUCGCUGCCUCUGCGGAAAGACGCGUCCAUGGGCUCAGGCAGCCUGAUGGAGGCUAAUGGUGGCGGGAGGAGUAGCAGCAGCGAUGCAACUUCAGGUCAACAGCAGCUUCACCAUGCCAAGGCACAGCACAGCGUUACCGCGGGAUCCCUGAUGGUGAAUGGGGGACGACCUGCUCCGCCCAGCCGAGCAUCUAACUCGAACUCGAACGCUGCGGAUAGCAAGGGAGCAGGCGGCAGCGCCACCGGCGGCAAGGUCUUUUCCAAGUUCUUCCGCAGUGGCAAAAGCUAA